CCCUUGACAUAUGUAUAGGCGGGCCUACUAAGCUUUUGGUGGCAAAUUUGGGGUGGAAAUUGAUUCAGCCUAUAAUUUGUUUCUCUGAAGGAGCCUAAAAAUGCCUCCGCUAUUAUCAACUGGAAUGCACAGUGGGAGGCUCCGUAUUCUCUUUCAGCUGCGCCAAAGUAGCCUAUCCUGUCGGACUAUGAGAAAUGAUAGAUAGCCUGACAAUGAACAAACACCUGCUAGAGGGAGCUAACAAGGAAAACGACCUGAUUGGAGAAGAAAACACGAAUCGAUGAUUCCUUGCCUAAUGCUAGUGGAUGCGUCCAGGUAAAUAGGCUACACCAGGAACUGUGCAGUGGCUGGCAUCACAACAACGCAUGGAUCGUGACUUCGUCCUGAUAUCAACUGUGUUGCUGUGCUCUGGAAUAGCCUAACAAUCAUUUUCUGACAUACGCUACAGCUUUCACACCACGCCUCCCCGUUGCACGCACCUCGAUUAACCAUCUUCGCUGGUGCACAGAGUGCUUUUCAAAAGGGAGCGAAAUGAGACUGGUCCUCAUCUCCUCAUGUCGCGGAGAAAGGAACAUCGGAUAGACGAUGCAAUGAUGGGUAGUUGGACACUGACGCUGCAUCCAUGAGAGCCUUCACUUCAGGGUGUUGUUUUUGGCACAGGUAUCACAGGAUAGUUCUGGAGGGAGAGCAAAAAACUGCUGUAGGGAAGUUUUGAUUCAAACGUGCACAACCGCCACGAUCUUUAUGGUUUUGGGGGAUUUAUUUGUGAUGGUAAGAAGAACACCGUUAUCCUCAUUCCCCACACACCCUUAUGUGUAACAAUUGAAUCUGUUCAAAGCUGUCAAAUGGUUAUUUCAAACGACCUAUACAUCAACGUGGCCUACAUGAGGCGAAACAAUCAAUAAACUGUCAAGGAAAACAUUUUUUCUGGAGUAACGACACUUAAUUCUUUUUAGAAUUUAAAUUUUUCUGUGUCAUCUACCUGAGAAGUCGGGCAACAUAUGCUGUUAUGGGAAUGCGGCUUGUUUUGUCCCAGUUGACUUCAGUGGUUCUUUUCAGGCUGUAGCGUGUCUAACGGACAUGAACGCGCUACUGGACCGCUUUCACAACUAUAUUUUACCACAUUUACGAGGGGAGGACCACGUCUGCCAUUGCAACUGUGGAAGGCACCAUGUACACUAUGUGAUCCCGUAUGAUGGGGACCAGUCUCUGGUGGACUCUGCAGAGAACUACUUUGUGAGUGACAGUGUGACCAAGCAGGAGCUGGACCUGAUGCUGGGGUUGCUGCUGGGCUUCCUCCUCAGCUGGUUGCUGCUGUGCCUGGACGGGGCACUGCACGCUGCCCUCAGAAGUUGGAGGGCCAAACAGCCCCAUGAUGCGUUCUCCUGGUCAUGGGUUCCCCGCUUCUGUAACCUGGGGAGAAGGGUGCACAUGAGAAAGCUAGAGGACUCAAGUGGGAACAUGGUGCACAUUAAGCAGAAGCUGUACCACAACGGACACCCCAGCCCACACCACCUCUGAGAGCCAUGGACAACGGACACCCCAGCCCACGCCACCUCUGAGAGCCAUGGACAACGGACACCUCAGCCCACGCCACCUCUGAGAGCCAUGGACAACGGACAUCCCAGCCCACGCCACCUUUGAGAGCCAUGGACAACGGACACCCCAGCCCACGCCACCUCUGAGAGCCAUGGACAACGGACACCCCAGCCCACGCCACCUCUGAGAGCCAUGGACAACGGAUACCCCAGCCCACGCCACCUCUGAGAGCCAUGGACAAGGGACACCCCAGCCCACGCCACCUCUGAGAGCCAUGGACAAGGGACACCCCAGCCCACGCCACCUCUGAGAGCCAUGGACAAGGGACACCCCAGCCCACGCCACCUCUGAGCCAUGGACAACGGACACCCCAGCCCACGCCAACUCUGAGAGCAUUGGACCUGCUGACAACUGACCAACCAGACUCUAGACACAAGGGCAGCUAAACAAAGACUAUCCAAGAUAAAUCCUUCAAACCAUACUGUUUCUUAUUGCCACUGGAUAAAGCACUUUAACUGGCCCAAUGGCCUUCACACACAGUGCAAAACUCCUCACCGUCCAUAUUUGUCUUGACUGGAAAUGAUUUAAUGUAAAAGGAUGUAGGUAAUUGAGGGUCCAGUUAGUAGUGGGGUAAGCAAUUUGAUAAAAGCGUGUCAGUUUUUCAAAAUAGUGUAUAUAUAUAUUUGGUUUUAGAAUGUCAAUUUUGCUAGAAGUGGGGAUAGGGUGUAUAUUUUGCUUGGGGUUUGUCAGUUUGUAGAACAGUUUGUUUAUUUUGCCUGAAUAUGCCCGUUUUGAAAUAAAAAAUAUUUAUUUUGCUUGAGUGUGGUCAAAUUUUGAGAGGGAUUUGUGUAUUGGUAGUACUCUGUCUAAUUUAAAAACUUGGCAUGUGAAAGCUGUACUGAAAGGGGCCUAGGGAAUGUAUUCAUCGUGGGUGGGUGUCAUUUCUUUCUUGGUUAUUGAUGUCAAUAAUUACACAUUAUUUGGGGUGGGGAAGAGAACAUAAAUGCUGCCUGCUCAUCUAACUGCGUGGUGUGUACAGUAUAUGCAGUGUGCCAACAUUAAAGAACCAUUAGGAAUGUCA